GUGUUUUGGAACAUAAUAUCAGAGUGAAUGCAAUGAUAAUAUGAGCAUGCAAACCCAAUGUAGAACAAUCAAUGCCUGUUUUCGUGAGUAUGUUGUUAGUAACAUACAUGUUCCAGUUGCUUGGGUGGUAGGUUAAACAUAGCAACCGAAAAAAAAACAACAGUUCGCGUUCGAAACACAGUAAAAUCCAUCCAAGUUCACCGUCGAUUGUUUGCCCUAGUCUAGUUCCGUUCGCCGGGCGGUGAAGUUGCUACGCAUGAAGAAAAUCUGCAGUUGAAUAUGAUAUCCAGUCACCUGAAAACCUAUUUGUUGGAGGCAAACAUCAAUCUGAAACCGCUUUUCUAUGAGAUCGUGAAACAGUGUGAGAGGAAAAAUAUCCGCUAUGACAAACACCUGAUUACGUUCGUUAUGAACCUUGUUAGUUUGGAUCCCAAGUUUGAGAUUUACAUGGAAACACUUAGUGCCGAUCGACGAAAUCAUGAUGACUUUGUGGAUGAAUGUGUUAAAAUACUUGCUGAGGAUCGUUCGCCUGGGCUGUGCACACUGAAAAUGCAGUUAUAUUUCCUACAAAACUUCUUCAACAGAGACGAAGUUAUUGAAAAGCACACUAAAAACUUACAGAAGAAAACUGCCCAUUUACUGAAGGAAAUUACUGAACAUGAUGUCAUCACAAAAGAUGAACAGGACGAAAUAUUCAACAAAAUAAUUACCGACAUCAUUUUGAACAUGGGCUUAGGAAAUCCCGAAAACAAAGAGGUGGUUUUGGAGACCACAAAAGCUUUGAACUCGGUUAUGUCUAGAAGUGACAAAGCAAAAUUUGUCACUCUGGACAGGAAAGAUAGACUUCUGGCGCUUAAGGACAUCCGAGAGAUUGUUUGCGGUAUACGCAUUUUCAACAAACAUGCCGGUAAUUCCGCCAAUGGAAUGUCGGAUCUUCCCCGAAUUCUCGAGCAAUCUCAUGAAUCUACGAAAUCAAUCUUACAAAUCACCCUAUGCGAAAUUAUGGACAAGGUCAACCUUUUGACCAGUGCCCUGAACUCAUCAAUCGCGUAUGAUCUGCGAAAUCGAGCCAUCGUGACACUGCUACCGGAAAAUGUAUCCGCCGACGAUUUGGACAUGUUGAAGGAUCUCCUUGUGAUGUAUCGCCAGCAUGAAGUAUACACUCGGAAAUUGAUCGACGAAUUGGCUUUGAUCAAAUUCAACGUUGACACAUGUAAUCAAGAGUACAAACAAAAGUUGAUCAAACUACAUGAAGCGGUGCAGUAUCGAACUGCGAUCCCAACUGAUCGGGUUUUUCCAAAAUUCUCUGAACUAACACAUAUUUGGUUGCAGUAUCAAAACCAAAUUUAUCUUCUGUCGGAAAUAAAUCAGAUCAGUAAUACCCUGACCAAUUUAACGGAAAAAUGUCUUAGCUUUGACGACUUGGCAUAUCGUUUGCUAGGGGAAUGUCAGAUUCAGACUGAUCUUGAUAGAUUGAACAGAACUAACGGGAAGCGACUCAUCAUUGAUUCGGAAGACGCUUGCGAAAUCAUACCUUACGCGUCCUCUAUGAAGAUCGAAUUUCUAAAGUUUUGCGUAUGGCAUCUGGCGGAAGCAAACGGAUUAUUAAUACCCGGCAACGUCAAUAUGGGCAUAUGUCAGUACCAAAAAGAGAAAUACGCAUUUAACAUACCCGAACCAGUGGUAUUUUUCAACGAGGAUCCGGAUAUGUACUUAUUCAAAAUUGUCAAACUGGCCCGCAAGAAAGUUCAUCUGGUUCCAUUUCUGGAUAUUUUCUAUAAGGUGCAGAACGCUUACAACUCCAAAAGCAUGGAAGUUUUUCGCAUCAAAGGUCCCGUCACGUGCGAACAAGAAGUUCAAACCGAACUGCACCCGAUUCCGUCGAAUAUAAAUCGUCACUAUCGCUGGAAUAUUUGGGAUCUUCGCCGGGAAGCAAUCAGUCUUACCAACAUGCGAAUGAAACAAACCAGCUCAUCUCAAACGGCGAAAACUAAACCGACGCAGGUGUACUUGCCGAAAAAUCAAACCACUCAAACACGGACAACCCGAGCAACAGAAACCGAUGAGCACCGCAUGAGAAUCAAAAAAGUUGAAUUAGCUCCAUCGCCGUUGCAAGUUUACUCGAUGACAAUCGAAGAGCUUAGUGUAGUUCCCGGGAAAAGAGCAUCAAAUUGAUUGUUUUCUAUUGUUACACUAUCAAAAAUAAUUUGGACUGAUUCUUCUAACACACUAGCAAUUGACUUACCUGAAAGAUUGCAGACCAUAUCCCGAACAGUCCCU